CAGUUUGCGACGCCCCGAACCACGUGACACUGGGCUGUCGGCUUUAUAAAGGGGAGUGUUUGCGGCGCCGCUCGUAGUUCAGUACAGCGCAAGGACCGACCAAACAUGAGAGAAUGCAUCAGCCUGCACAUCGGCCAGGGGGGCGUGCAGAUCGGCAACGCAUGCUGGGAGCUGUACUGCCUUGAACACGGCAUCCAGCCUGAUGGCCAGAUGCCCAGUGACAAGCUGAACGGCGGUCUCGACUCGUCAUUCGACACUUUUUUUGCCGAGACGGGCGCUGGCCGAUAUGUCCCGCGCGCGGUGUUCGUCGACCUCGAGCCCACCGUUAUCGACGAGGUGCGCUCUGGCCCCUACCGCAAGCUCUUCCACUCGCAGCAACUAAUUGGUGGCAAAGAGGACGCUGCCAACAACUACGCGCGUGGUCAUUACACCGUCGGCAAGGAGCUCAUCGACGUAGUGCUUGACCGCGUCCGGAAGCUGGCCGAUCAGUGCUCGGGUCUACAGGGCUUCCUCGUCUUCCACAGCUUAGGCGGCGGUACCGGCUCCGGAUUCACCUCGCUUCUUACGGAGCGUCUUUCAGUGGAUUACGGGAAAAAGUCCAAGCUCCAGGUCUGCGUCUACCCAGCACCUCAGGUCUCAACUGCUGUUGUGGAACCCUACAAUGCCUUGCUGACCACGCACGCGACCUUGGAACACUCGGACUGCGCCUUCAUGGUUGACAACGAGGCUAUCUAUGAUAUCUGCCGGCGCAAUUUGGACAUCGAGCGGCCCUCCUACCCACAUCUGAACCGGCUCAUCAGUCAGGUCGUCUCCUCCAUCACGGCUUCCCUCCGCUUUGAUGGUUCGCUCAACGUCGACUUGACGGAGUUCCAGACCAACUUGGUGCCUUAUCCUAGGAUCCACUUCCCACUGGUGACCUAUGCACCCGUCAUCUCCUCCGAGAAGGCCCACCAUGAGCAGUUCAGCGUGAACGACAUCACCAACGCUUGUUUCGAGCCGGCAAACCAAAUGGUUAAGUGCGAUCCGCGCAACGGCAAGUACAUGGCCUGCUGUAUGCUGUACCGCGGCGACGUGGUACCUAAGGACGUCAACGCUGCCAUUGCGGCCAUAAAGAACAAGCGCACCAUACAAUUCGUGGACUGGUGUCCCACAGGGUUCAAGGUGGGCAUAAACUACCAGCCGCCUACCGUGGUGCCCGGCGGUGACCAGGCCAAGGUUCCUCGUGCCGUCUGCAUGUUGUCUAACACGACAGCCAUCGCCGAGGCCUGGGGCCGGCUGGACCGCAAGUUUGACCUGAUGUAUGCCAAGCGCGCCUUCGUCCACUGGUACGUGGGCGAAGGCAUGGAGGAGGGAGAGUUCUCCGAGGCCCGUGAAGACAUGGCCUCUCUCGAGAAGGACUACGAAGAGAUUGGUAUGGACUCAAACGAGGACGUCGAUGAGCACGAGGAGUACUAGGCUGAGCACUACAUUCCUUCGGCAAGAACGACGACCUUCGCCUAAGUUAACUGCCGUUCAUGUUGCAAAUUUUUGUCAUAAAAGAGUUCAUUGCUCCACUGCA